AUGUAUAAAAGUAAAGCCAAUAAAAAAGUUUUAUUAUUCAGCUCAAAACAUCGCAAUGUAGGAAUUGCAAAAAAUGAAAAACGUGUCCUAGAAACUAUAUCCUUUUAUAAUAAUACUAAGUAUGGAGUCGAUAUACUGGAUCAAAUAGCGCGAAAAUAUAGUACCAAAGCAGGUUCCCGCAGAUGGCCCGUUCACGUGUUCUACAACAUUCUAGAUUUGGCAGCAAUCAAUGCUUGGGUCAUAUAUAAAGAUGUGAUUCAAGUACAAAUAUCAAGAAAAGAAUUUCUUUUGCAACUGGCGGAAGAAUUAAGCGGCAAUUACGAUAAUGAAGCCAAAAGCAAAAUAGGUAUACAACCAACCUCCGGCAAUCUAGUGUUAAGCAACACUAUUGGCAAUCAGUACAACCAAUCAGAACAGUUUCCACAUCUUCUAGCUUUUCUUAGUUUUCCUCCUUAA